AUGUCAACGAUCACCACUGAUGAGAAGACACGCAUCGACACUUUAUUUGUCGAGUUGACUUCUUUUUUCAAUUCCCUAUUCAAGGGUUCAGUUUCAAUCACUUUAAUCAAUAACACGCACUCUCUAAUAUACUCGUGUUUCGAAGACAUCUCAUACACUGCAGACUAUGGUCUUGAAAAGUUGGAGGUGGUCCUUGAAACUUUUUUAAACGCGGAGUUUGCUGUGUUAGAGAAAACAAAGCAAGAGCUUAUUCCAACACUUCUCCAGAAGCAAUUUGAUGAGUGGAAAAAUGUCAGGAAGUACCUCCUCUUUGUAUUCAGUUGUCUUGACUAUUGCCCACACCAACGGGUGAACGCAACUGUCAAAUCUGUACUUAAACACACGUUCAGAGAAACAUUCUUUGAGAAACUCGUUGUCAAUGUUAAGAUCUUUGAUGUGCUUGUAUCACUCAUUAGCACCGCAAGGUUCUCCGCACAACUCAAAACAAACGACCUCCACGCAAUUCUUUCAAUUCUCCAAUUCCACUUCGACGAACAACUCGCUUUCCACCUCCAAUCAUUUCAAAGAAAGAACGAGGAACAGGCGCUGACAGAUUACAGAGCAUUCUUAGCCACACUCGACAAAUUAAACGUCUCAGAGUUGCUCAAUCAGCUCAUCAAGUUCGUCGAUAACGAGCGUUCGAUGAUUAAUCAGGCUCUGUUGCCGAAUAUGCAGUUGCCAAUGACCAAUUUACUUCAUAUGGAAAUCAUCGAUCAAAUAUCGCCAAAAGUCGUGAGUUCAUAUCGCGAACUUCUUGAAGGAAAUAAGGAGAAGGAGAUACUUGUGAUCAGCAAAUUGUUUGAUGGGCCGAAGGAGGCGACUCCUUUUGUGGAGAUCACGCGCGAGUUUUUCAAGCGACUUUUCGACGACAAAGAGAAAGAAAGUGAGAAGACCACGGGGAGUGUUGAGGGUGCCAUGAAUUAUUUAAUUGCUAUGAAGGAGAAGGCAGAACACAUGAAAAGAACGUACUUCUACGGGAAUGUCUACUUAGUCGAAUGUGUUAGUAACACGAUGAAGAACUGUCUCUCGCGAAGCAGCUUUAAAGAGAAAGGGGAGGAAAAGACUGUAGAGGCCAUAAUGGGGAGUUACUCCCAGAAGGUACUUACUACUGCGAGUGAAGAAAUGGCUCUAAGUAAGAUGGGAGAAGUCAUCGACCUUGCGAUGUACCUCCCAAGCAAAGAAAACUUCAUUGCGAUUUACCAGAAACUGUUAAUUAAACGAAUUGUUGAAGGGACGUCAAAGAGUAUGGGAGUCGAGACUAAAGUUGUCGAUGAAAUCAGCAAGAACUUUGGAAAUGCACUAUCACAGCGACUGAAGAAAAUACUGAGCGACACUACACUGUCUUUGGAAAUGACACAACAGUUCAAAGAAAAGGAACACCCCUCUGUUAAAAUGGGUGUGACUGUAUUCUCCAAAUUUCUUGUCACGAACAGCGAGAGUUACGAGGAUGUUAUCCUCAGUGAUGAGAUCAAAAGGGUGUGGGAGAAGUUUGUGUCGUGGUACUGUGCAAGGCACCAAGAGAGGCGUCUUGAGAUGGACAAGCUCAACUCGUCAGUUGUGUUAAGUUAUGAAGUGAGUGGUAAAAAGAAGAAAGUGACUGUGUCAUACAUUCAGUAUUUAAUGAUCCAUCUGAUGUCACUCAAAGAGGGAAAAGGGAGUGAGUAUACUGUCGUUGAAUUACAAAAAGCGAUUAGUGACAAAUUAGAGUGUUUUAUGCCACACCUCAGAACAUUAGUGAAAAGUGGAUUAGUUGCAAUCAAUAGUGACCAACGAGUUUGCCUCACCGGCAACGAAUCCAUCGACGACUUUUUGCUCGACAAAAUCGAAAGGAAAAACAAGAAGAAAGAGCACAAAGAAGAGAAGACUGAGGAGGAAGAAGAAAAGGUCUUUACGUCAGUUAUCUGUUUCUUGACGAAGUUAAUGAAGCAGAAGAAAGAUAUGAAGUAUGAUGACCUUACGAAGGAGAGUGUCACCACAUUUGGGAAUGGAUUUGAGGUGAAGACCAUGAAGAAGGGGAUUGAAUAUUUGAUUGAGAAGGAGUACAUUCUUCGAGAUGACCAAGACGCAAACUUAUUCCAUUACAUUGCAUGA